AUGUCUCUGAAGCUUUCGCCGUUCCCUUUCCAGUCGCUCGUGCGCAUCCCGCCGCACCUCUCGUAUGAAGAAGCCUGCGCUGCAGUGACCGCUUACAAUGCCCUCAUGGGAUCCAUCCCCAUGAAAGGAGGUGAUACUGUCCUUGUACAAGGCAUAGGUGGCGUGUCCAUCUUUGGACUGCAAUUUGCAGUAGCUUUGGGUGCCACCGUCAUCGCGACCUCCUCAUCAGACCAGAAGCUCGAGAUCGCUGUGAAUCUGGGCGCGCAUCAUCUCAUCAACUACAAGAAGAUGCCAGACUGGGAUAAGGAAGUCAUGAAGAUCACGAACGGACGAGGCGUGGACCAUAUCCUCGAGGUCGGCGGCGCAGGGACGCUGGUGAAGUCUACCAAUAGCGUGCGGUAUGGGGGAACAAUCAACUUGAUAGGCACUCUGGCUGGGGCUGGCGACGUCAUUAGUGUGCCUCGGGGACUGCACAGCAGGGCAGCCUUCUUGCGCGGCAUCCUCAUCGGCUCUCACACCCAGUUUGAAGCGAUGAACAGGCUCAUCUCUGCCAACGGCAUCAAGCCGAUCGUCGACAAGGUGUUCAGCUUCGAAGAUGCCAUAGCUGCAUAUGAACAUUUGGAGAGUCAGAAGCAUGUAGGGAAGGUCGUCAUCCGAGUUUCGAAGCUUCAACUUGUCAAGGAUUGA